UCACACUACCUCGCAGAUCGGAAGUAACAGAUCUUUCCAGAAAAUACUUCUGAGCUGAAGCAACGAGUAGAGGGCGGCGGGUUCUCUGCAAGCUUAGCGCACAUUUUCUCUCUUUCAACAGGACCAAAGUUUACAUUUUCCCUUACACGUCAUUCCAUUUAGUGUGCUGUAGUUGCGUGGACUUCCCACGGAAAGAGAAGGAGGAGAGAGAGAUGACGUCCAGGACUAUUGAUUACAGUGUGUGGGACCACAUCGAAGUAUCGGAUGACGAGGAUGAGACUCACCCCAAUAUCGACACGCCGAGCCUCUUCCGAUGGAGGCAUCAGGCGCGUGUGGAGAAACAGGUGGCCUUCGAGGAGAAAGGAGAGGAGCUGGAGAGGAACAUGGCAGAGUGUAAGAGACGUCUGGAAGAGGUGCAGUACAGAGUGAAGGAGUUAGAAGAGGAAGGAAAGAAGGAGGGAGAGGAGGAGAGGAAGACGGCGCUGAGCAAGGCCCAGGCCGAGGAGAAGAAAUACAGAAAGGAUCAACGCUUGUGGGAGAAGAAGAUGGAGGAACAUCGGAGAGAGGAGAAAAAGAUGCCUUGGAACGUUGACACGCUCAGCAAAGAGGGAUUCAGCAAGAGUAUGUUGAACAUCAAGCCGGAAGCGACAGAAGAGACUGAGGAACAGAAGGAGGAGAAACACCAGACUUUUGUGGAGAAACACAAGAAAGAGAUCAAACACUUUGGGAUGCUUCGGCGUUGGGAGGACAGUCAGAAGUACCUGUCUGACCACCCUUACCUGGUGUGUGAAGAGACGGCUAACUUCCUGGUUAUCAUGUGUAUCGACCUGGAGGUGGAGGAGAAACAUGGUUUGAUGGAUCAGGUAGCCCAUCAGACCAUAGUGAUGCAGUUCAUCUUAGAGUUGGCUAAGAGCCUGAAGAUCGACCCUCGAGGAUGCUUCAGACAGUUCUUCCAGAAGAUCAAGACUGCAGACCAGCCCUAUCAGGAGGCCUUUACUGAUGAGCUGGAGUCAUUUAAAGAGAGGGUUCGAGGCAGGGCUAAGAUCAGGAUACAAAAGGCUAUGGAGGAGUAUGAGGAGGAGGAGAGACAGAACAGACUGGGGCCUGGUGGACUGGACCCUGUGGAAGUCUACGACACUCUGCCAGAGGAAAUGAAGAAGUGUUUUGAUGAUAAAGACAUCUCAAUGCUGCAGGAAGCUGUCAGUAAGAUGGACCCCAUGGUGAGUGUCUCCUGUCUCACUCUAACUCUCUCUAACUCUCACUAACUCUAACUCUCUCUC